AUGGGAGGUCGGCGCUCCCCCCUAAACCGGAGCGCCUACUCUGGAGGCUACAGCGACACCAUCAAGAGACAGUUGGAGAGAGUUGUCAUCCCAGAAAAGAUCAAAUGUGUGGUUUGCGAGAAGUUCCGCAUGCAGUCCGCGUACUCCAAGCGUCAGAUAGACAUUCUCCGCAAUGUCAUCGUCGUCCAGGGCCCCAGAGCUGCCCAUGGGGCUCAUGCUAGGUGCAGAGUCUGCGUCGGUGGCCCGAAUUCUGAGAUCCGUUGCUACAUCUGCGACCAGACAAAGGGAUUGGAAGAAUUUGCAAAGAACCAGCGACAGAACCGCGACAUUGCCAGAUGUUUGAAUUGCGUCCAGAACCAUACCGACGCAGAGCCAGUUCUUGAAGAGAACAAACACCUUCUGGAGAUCGAUGGAACCGCCACUAGUAUUGCCACGAGCCAGCUCGGAGACGAAAUGUCUGCGAAUACCACCAGAAAGCCUUCUGAGAAGGGUGAAGAUGUCGAUGACGAGACGUCUUCCGGGGGAGGCGUCUGGCUCGAGAAAGGAAAGCACAAGGCGAGCACCGAGGAAAAGGGUUCCGGAUAUCAGUCCAACGCCUAUGGACCCCAGGGCAAUCUGCACCGUCGCACCGCAGCACCCUCAGAAGUCAGCCAAUCGGUUUAUAGGGGAUGGGACUCAUGGGGUGUUACUGCCUCCGCGUCGAACACUGGCUUUAGCGGUUACAACUAUUCAUCCCCGGCUCCGAGACGGUCGUCUAACUUCGCCAGAAUCCCGGCCGUGCGCGCCGAGAGAUCUGACGCACCGACCAAAUGUGAACCCGAGCCAUCUCGCCCAUCCGUUGAGUCUGAUGACGAAUACGAUGGCAACGGCCCCGAAUAUUACCUAUAG